AUGUCAACCCUGAAUUAUUCCAUCUGUCCAAUUACAUUAGUUUUUGCAUGCUUGGUCAUCCUUCACUUGCUCUCCAAUUCUGGAAUUAAUGCUGCUUCUGAUCAAAUGCAUGCGGCAUCAAGUACUGGAAGUGAAGGGAAAGCUCUUUUAACAUGGAAAGCCAGUCUUGACAAUUAUAGCCAAUCUAAGUUGUCAUCCUGGUCAUCUUCUGCAAAUCCUUGCAGUGCCUGGGAUGGAGUUCGAUGCAACAAAGCCGGACGAGUAUCGGUAAUUAACAUCACUAGUUCUGGCAUCAAAGGUACACUUGAUCAUCUCAAUUUCUCGUCUCUACCCCAUCUCACUACGAUUGAGCUUUCUCAAAAUGCACUCCAUGGGACCAUACCAUCCAACAUUGGGAACCUUUCCAGACUAACCUAUCUUGCCUUCUGGUCAAAUCAAUUGUCUGGUGCCAUUCCUAUUGAAAUCAGCCAACUAACCAAUCUUAGGUUCUUGUACCUUUCCUAUAACUCAUUCAAUGGAUCAAUCCCUACUUCAAUUGGCAAUCUGACAGGCCUAGCCGAGCUAGACCUAGAAAGCAACAAACUUUCUGGAUGGAUUCCAGAAGAGAUUGGGAAGCUCAAAUCUCUGACGAAACUCUCUUUGGGUAACAAUACGCUCACAGGUCGGAUUCCUCGCUCUAUGGGAAACUUAAGUGACCUGACUCUGCUGUAUCUUUUCCAAAAUUAUCUUUCUGGGCCUAUUCCCAAAGAAAUUGGGAAACUCAGAUCUCUUAUUGAAUGCUCUUUUGGGAAGAACUUGCUCACGGAAGAAAUUGGGAACCUCUUAUCCCUUGAAGAUCUUGAAUUUGAUGAAAACAAUCUCACCAGCAAGAUUCCCAAUUCUAUUGGUAAUUUGGAAAAGAUCACUAGAUUAUCCCUUUUUGGAAACAAGCUCUCCGGACACAUUCCUUCGACCAUAGGAAAUUUAACCAAACUCAAUUAUUUGGAUCUUUCUCAAAACAACUUGUAUGGGGCAAUCCCUCCUGAAUUGGGGAAGUUGAAGUCACUAGCUUUUAUUAGUAUUUUCCAAAACCAGCUAAGCGGUGCUCUUCCAGAUGGAUUCAACAAUCUUACACAUUUAAAUGUGCUAAUGCUGGACCAAAACUAUCUUACUGGUCAUUUACCCCAAAAUAUCUGCAUUGGAAAUAUCUCUGAAGAAUUUGGCAUCUAUGCACAUGUAGAAAUUAUGGAUUUAAGGAAUAAUAAAUUUUUUGGUCAGCUGUCUUGGAAUUGGAGUGGCUAUCUGAAUUUGACAGCGUUGGGAAUCUCGAAAAAUAAUCUUGCUGGCAGAAUACCAACUGGGCUUGGAGAGCUAUCUCGUCUGCAAAGACUUUAUCUCUCUUCAAGUCACUUGCAUGGGAAGAUCCCUGGCAGUUUAGGGAAGUUGACCUUGUUGCUUGAGCUUAAGCUGCACAACAACAAUCUCUCAGAACAAAUAGGCAAUUGCACACAACUGCUGGAUUUAAACUUGAGCCAAAAUGCACUCGUUGGAAAUAUUCCUUCUCAAAUAGGAAGUCUUCCCUCACUCGCAACUCUUGAUCUCAGCCAAAACAUGCUGGAAUCAAAAUUGCCACUAGAGCUAGGCGAGAUGAAAAGCAUUGAGACGAUGAAUCUUUCGCAUAAUAGGAUAUCAGGUUCCAUCCCAAAAAGCUUUGAUCAUUGCUUCAGUUUGAUUUCCAUUGAUAUAUCCUACAAUCAGUUGGAAGGUCCUCUCCCCAACAUUAGUGCAUUUCAAAAAGCCCCAUUUGAUUCCUUGAGAAACAAUAAAGGUUUAUGUGGCAGUGUUACUGGAUUGAAACCUUGCUCUCAAUCAACUCAAAAGAACACUAGUAGAAGGACAACUAAAAGAAUGAUCUUUCUAGUUGUUGCUCCAAUACUAGCAACCAUAUUCCUUUUGGUCGUGGUUGUGGGCAUCUUCAUUCGUGCAAGGCCACAUACGAGAAGCAUGGAGAAUAAGCCUCAGGAAUUUACUAGAAAUAUGUUCUCUGUCUGGAGCUUUGAUGGGAAAAUGGUCUAUGAAAACAUCAUUGAUGCAAUAGAGAAUUUUGACCCCAAGUAUUGCAUUGGAGCAGGAGGAUUUGGAAGUGUAUUUAGAGCAGAGUUGCCGUCAAGUGGUUGCUGUCAAGAAACUUCAUGGAAUGGAUGA